AUGGUGCGUGUGCCUCCACCGCGAUACCCCCUGGACGAGUUGCGCCGCGUCCAAGAAGAAGACGCCUAUCUCGUACGUUUGCUAGAAGACUUGGUACCUCUCUUUGACGCACGGUACGACUCGCAUGACGGCGGUCUAUUAUCUUUCGUCGACGACGUACUAGUACCGGAGGUCAACAUCGUACUGCAUCGACUGAAGCAAGAGGACGAGGCUACAUAUGCUGCGGGUAGACGAGCAAUGGGUGUUAUCAUGGUUGAUGAAGGCGAGAACGGUUUGAUCGAAGAAGACGAAAGCGAAUCGCUCGACGAGGUCGAGAAUGAUGCUGUGGACGAGUAA